AUGCCGCUGCUGCUGGUGUUGCCAGUGGUGGGCCUGGCCGCAGCUGCGGUGUGGCGGAGGCGGCAGCGGAACGACAUCUCUUCGACCACUUACUGGUUUGAGGGCGUCGAAUACGACUUGUCGAGUGCCAGCACGAACACCAUCGACGACGAUCCGGACCUGUUCACCUCACCUCCCGCCAUGGCAUGCCGGGCGCCCGACGGCCCCUCGGCGCUCCCGUACUCCAACAUCGUCGACAACACAGAGGGCAUCGGCGCCUUCCACGACAUCGACUUCCCGCCCGGCUGCCGCCUCGUCGCCGACUUCGGCGGCGGGUCCUCGGACAGCGCGCGGCGCUACAUGGAGCGCAGGUACCCCGGCCUGCGCCUGCUCGUCCUGGACCCCUUCAACCGGCCACGGCAGCACAACGAGGCGGCGCAGGAGGCGAUCGUCGCGGCGGGCGGCGUUGACUGCGCGACGUGCAUGUCCGUGUUGAACGUGGUGCCCUACCGCAGGGAGCGCCUCCGGCUGCUGCGCGUGAUGCGGUCCGCGAUGCGACCGGGCGCGCUGGCGUACUUCAAGGUGUGGGCGGGGGCGUGGCCGGUGCGGGGCACGGGCGUGGCCACCACGGACCGCGAGCGCAAGGCGUACCAGGCCAACCGGUGGGCGAGCGGGUUCCUGGACGAGGUCCGGGGGGUGUUCGAGGAGGCGUACGCGGACAACAACCUCAACCUCAUCGUCGCCCGCAAGGCGCUCUGA